CCGUCCACUUUCCACAGCGAGCCGUGAGUAUGAUGCAGUGCAGCCGCAUGAUUAGGAUGACAAGAACGCUGACGACCCUUCUGGUGGCACUGGCCUGCGCCGGAAUCCUAAUGGGAUCCGCGGAUGCCGAGGAGGAGGUGUCCAUGACCGUCAGCGAGGUGGUGGAGUUGAUAGAACCCUUCGGCGAUAGCUGCACUCCCAAGCCACUGAGAGAGCACAUCGUGGAAAUGGUGCUGAACAAGGAGGACGCCAAGAAGGAGACCAAGUGCCUCCGCUUGUGCCUGCUGGAGCAGUUCGAGCUGAUGACCAAGGAGCAGUCGCAGUUCAGCGAGGACAAGACCGUCGAGAUGAUGAACAUGAUGUUCCCAGAUCGCGAGGAGGAUGGCCGGCGGAUCACCAAGGUCUGCAACGAGCAGCUGAAGGCGGAAACGGACAGGUGCGAAGUCGCCCACGGAAUCGCAAUGUGCAUGCUCCGCGAGAUGCGCUCCUCUGGCUUUAAAAUCCCCGAAGUCACUGAAUAGACCCACUGGGUUGGAAUUCUAUAAUUCUAUCGCAUGCUCUCCAUUAUUUUUUUUUGUGUUAGUACAGUUCAAUUUAAUUAGAAAGAGUUCGAGAACUUGUAGUGGUUCCCGACACAAAUAAAGCGCCCAACCAACGAAA